AUGUCGGGCCGUGGGCAACAACAAGAAGAUCAGGGCUCAGGUUCGUUGAUCAGGUCUGUUAUUCAAGGCCUGGCGAUUUUCGGUGCAACCCAAUUUUUUGUUACGCAGAUAUUUGGGUCGAAGUCCUCACAGAGUGGUUCUGGUCCAGCCCAACAGCAGGUAUCCAUUCCAGCAUUCACAGACCGGCCUGAUAUCCAUACCAUUGCCAAUGCCACGGACAUUCCUUAUCAGGUCGCUCCCAUAUGGCCUAUGGACAGCUCCGUAGACAUUGCUGUCUAUGUCUCACCCUCUACCCAUAUUCCAUCACUAGAUACUGUCCCAGCAGAUUCGAAGGUGCUCGAGGAGAGAAACUUCACUAUCGGUGACUGGGAGGCGAACAGGGAAAUCUCGACAGGUUUCAAAGUGCCCAAGGAGGUCCAGCAAAAUGGCACACUCUGGGCGCAUUUCUUUAUGUCACUCACUGGCAACCCGCUGUAUCCAAACGAUAAGGGUUAUAGCUCGGAUAACGCUGUGUAUUUCCGUCGACCCCUGAACCAAUAUCUCCCCAAAAAGAAGGUAAAAAAGCUCAAGAAUCUCCUUAGCGGGGGUGGAACGGAUGAGCCUGAAGAAGUUCCGCGAGUGACACAAAUAGGAUCGUUUUAUCAUCCCAACUUCACCCUUUCCGUCAUACCGGAUACCGGGGUUAUCAACUUUCCUACCAUGGCUCCAGCGUCACGGCAGUAUCUGCAGCUGGAAAGAACUGGCGCGAGAGAUGCUACCGGUCAGAACGGAUGGUACUAUCCAAUCCUAUUUGUCAAUACGUUCUGGCAAUUGAAGAGCCAUAUGACCGAACUAAACUCCACUGUUGAAACGCUACCCAUCCAUAUAACGCUGAACAAUAUGAAGAAUUGGAAAUUUAACUUGUUGUCAAAUAUCGACGAGAAUGUAAAGCAGAAUCAGAGACAAGCCGCAACAGAUGGCCCCAUCCCUGCAGGCGGUGACGGAACUGAGUUUGAAACUUUCAAGGAGAUCUUGUUGGACACGAAUAGUUACCUGUUGGCUACUACAUUCAUUGUCAGCGUCCUCCAUAUGCUUUUCGAAGCAUUGGCAUUCAAGAACGAUAUUUCCCAUUGGCGUAAAAAGAAGGACGUUGUUGGCACAUCGGUUCGGACCAUACUCGGGAACGUCUUCAUGCAAACUGUCAUCUUCCUGUACCUGCUAGAUAACAGCGAGGGCACUUCAUGGAUGAUUCUCGGUGGUCAAGGUUUCGGAAUUAUCCUGGAAGCGUGGAAGAUCACGAAAACCGUCGAUGUGCGAAUUCGCCGUCCAUCACCAGGAUCAUCGUUUUCCUUCUUGCCUUAUGUUAUUGUCUUUGAGGACAAACAUAAGCUCAGCGAAACCGAACAGAAGACUAAGGAGUAUGAUGAAAUCGCUUUCAAGUACCUUUAUAUUCUCGCGGUCCCGUUACUGGCUGCAUACGCUAUUUACAGCCUCAUCUACAUAGAGCAUAAGUCAUGGUACUCUUUUGUUAUCGAAACCUUGGUCGGCAGUGUCUACGCCUACGGUUUCCUCAUGAUGGUGCCUAGUCUCUACAUCAAUUACCGAUUGAAGUCCGUCGCUCAUAUGCCGGGAAAAGCCUUAACUUAUAAAUUCCUCAAUACCUUUAUCGACGAUCUUUUCGCAUUUACCAUAAAAAUGCCUAUGCUCCAUAGACUUGCCACUCUAAGAGACGAUGUUAUCUUUUUCAUCUGGCUGUAUCAAAGCUACAAAUACAAGGUUGACCCUAAACGAGUCAACGAGUUCGGACAAGGCGGUGAAGAAGAUGAAGUCGAAGAAGUCAAAACCACCCAGCAACCCAAAGCGCUGGACGGCCCUGACUCCCCUGAACCGAAGCCUGAGGCAAGCGCUUCUGGAUCCAAGACAAAGCAGUCUGCGCGGAAACGGAAGUAG